AUGGCUUUAAAUUACCCUUCUUCAACCUACUUCAUUCUGCUACUAGUAACCAUAACCCGUUUGAUAUACACUGUGGGCAAAACUGAGCAAUGGAAAGCCCCGAUUCUACCAGAUCUUGACAUUGAAAAUAUAUCCCACCAGCUUCAUGAUGACCCUGAAGCCAUUCAAAUGGCUUCAAGGGACUAUGGCCAUAUCGUGCAUGAACUCCCAGCAGCUGUGUUUCAUCCGUCUUCUAUAGAUGACAUAGCCACCUUGAUAAAAUCCUCGUACAAUAGCUUUGCCCCUUUUCACAUAGCUGCGAGGGGCCAAGGCCACUCCACUCAUGGGCAAGCCAUGGCUCGUGAUGGGGUUGUGGUUAACAUGGCCACCCUCAGGAAACAAAGAAAUGGGGUUGCGAUUAGUGUCUCUAAGGACCCUUUGUUAGGUCACUAUGCUGAUGUUGGAGGGGAACAACUCUGGAUUGAUGUGCUACACGCCUCACUAGAACAUGGACUUGCACCCGUUUCUUGGACUGAUUAUUUGUACUUGACAGUGGGAGGAACACUUUCCAACGCUGGAAUCAGUGGCCAGAGUUUCCGCUAUGGACCUCAAAUCAGCAACGUUCACGAAAUGGAUGUGAUAACUGGAAAAGGAGAGUUCGUAACCUGCUCUAAGCAGAGGAACUUGGAGUUAUUCAACGCGGUUCUUGGAGGCUUGGGACAAUUUGGAGUCAUAGCAAGGGCGAGAAUAGCUCUUGAGGCAGCACCCAAAAGGGUUAAGUGGGUCAGACUACUUUAUAGUGACUUUUCUGCUUUUACCAAAGACCAGGAACGAUUAAUCUCAAUCAAUGGAAGGAAACAAAAGAAUGCAUUGGAUUUUUUGGAAGGCAUGCUGCUAAUGAACCAAGGCCCCAUAAAUAAUUGGAGAUCCUCUUUCUUCCCUCUAUCUGACCAUCCCACAAUAGCUUCUUUAAUAACUCAACAUACCAUCCUCUACUGUCUUGAAGUCGCUAAAUAUUAUGACGACCAAACCGAGAAAAAUGUGGCCAAGGAAAUGCAAGUUUUGCUCCAAGGGCUGGCUUAUAUCCCCGGAUUUUAUUAUGAGAAAAAUGUCUCAUAUGUUGAGUUCUUGAAUAGAGUCCGAAGUGGGGAGUUGAAGCUUCAGUCGCAAGGACUGUGGGAGGUUCCUCACCCGUGGCUUAAUUUGUUCAUACCAAAAUCACAAAUCUUGGAUUUUAAUUCAGGAGUAUUCAAAGAUAUAAUACUUAAAAGAAACAUCUCCUCUGGACCAGUCUUGGUUUACCCUAUGAAUAGAAACAAGUGGGACGAUAGGAUGUCAGCAUCUAUACCAGACGAGGAUGUCUUCUACACAGUUGGGUUUUUGCACUCAAGUGGGUUUGAUUCUUGGAAGGCGUAUGAUGCUCAAAACAGAGAAAUUUUGGAGUUCUGUAGUGAUGCUGGCAUUAAGGUUAAGCUAUAUCUUCCCAACCACAGCACACAGGAAGAAUGGACAAACCAUUUUGGUCCUAAAUGGAUGAAAUUCUUAGAAAGAAAACUCCAGUUUGAUCCAAGAAUGAUUCUAUCACCCGGGCAUAAAAUCUUCCACAAACAACUACAACCAGCAUUUUAA